GCUGGCCUCCCCGGCCCCCUCCGCGGCCCCGGCCCAGGACCCGGACCAGGACCCGGACCAGGACCCGGACCCGGACUCCGGCCCCCACGCCGACGAGGAGCAGUAUGUGAGCGAGGGCGCCUGCAGCCGGCUCGACGCACGCCCGGCGGCGCCUGACUGCAGGGACGCCGAGACCAUCACAGAUGUGUGCAACAGCACCGACCUGCCGGAGUUUGAGAUCAUCAGCCUUCUCGAGGAGCAGCUGCCGGUGUACCGGCUGCGCGCCGACACCGCCUACGGCUACGAGCGCGAUGACUGGCUGCACACUCCCCUGGUCGCCCCCGACGCCCGGCUGGACCUGACCACCGAGCAGAUCGAAGAGACGCUCAAGUACUUCCUGCUAUGCGCAGACAGAGUGGGCCAGAUGACCAAGACCUACAGCGACAUCGAUGCCGUCACGCGUCUGCUGGAGGAGAAGGAGAGAGACUUGGAGUUGGCCGCCAGGAUCGGCCAGUCGCUCCUCAAGAAGAACCGCUCCCUCACCGAGCAGAACGACUACCUGGAGGAGCGAGUGGCACAAAUCACAGAGGAGGUGGCCCAGCUGCACCACGAGCUGAACCUGAAGGACGAGCUGCUGCAGAUCUACACCAACGCGGCGGACGAGAGCGAGGACGAGUCCAGCGGCUCCCCGACGUUAGCGGGGAAGAGGAGCGCGGCGGAAGGUGCUUUUGGCGGGACGCUGCAGAAGAAACUCAAGGAGCUGGAGGAGGAGAACGUCUCGCUCCGCUCGGAGGCACACCAUCUGAAAUCAGAGACCGAAAUCUAUGAAGAAAAGGAGCAGCAGCUCGUCAACGAAUGUGUGAAAGAGCUCCGGACGUCCAGCCUCCAAAUCUCCACCAUAGCGGAGGAAUUGGCGCGUAAGACCGAGGAUGCUUCCCGCCAGCAGGAGGAGAUCACGCACCUCCUCUCUCAGAUAGUAGACCUGCAAAAGAAAGCCAAAUCCUUUGCGGUGGAGAACGAGGAGCUUUCUCAGCACCUGGUGGCAGCCAAGGAUGCCCAGAAGCAGCUCACGGCGGAGCUGCAGGAGUUGGACGAGAAGUAUUUAGAGUGUAUAGAGAUGCUGCAGGAGGCCCAGGAGGAGCUGAAGAACCUGCGGAACAGAAGCGUCCCCGCAGGGACUCCGCGACGCUACCAUCCUCUGGGGCUGUACCCGAUGGAUUCUCUGGCAGCGGAGAUCGAGGGAACGAUGAGGAAGGAGUUGAGCCUGGACGACCCCGAGUGUGAGGAGCAGAAGGUCCAUCGGAGGCGCGUGUUUGAGACGGUGAAGAACGUCAACCAGGCGGUCCGCCAGCGCUCGCUGACCCCGACCGGCGCCAACAUCCCGGGCUCCAACCAGUCCCUGUCGGCGCGGACCUCGCCCCAGUCCAGCGGGCCCUGCACGCCCCGCGGCAGCGCCUGCGCGGGCGAGGACGGCGUCGCCCUCGACAACCGGACGCAGAGCCUCCUGAUGGAGACGGCAGCCGAUCAGGACAACCGGGAGAAGAAGGCCAACGGCGCCGAGGACCUGCGGCUCGCCCUGCGCCGCCUGUCCCUGCGUCGACAGAACAACCUGAGCGAGAGGCGCUUCUUCGAGGACGAGCGGGAGCGGAGGCGGGGGCGACACGGCGGCCUGCGCGGUUCCCCGAGCCCGGAGAGCGCGCUGACCCCCUCGGAGAGCAUCAUGUCCCUGGGGAACCUGCACCUCUGGGCCUCGCGGGGGCCCUACCUCCCCGACAAGCUGCAGAUCGUCAAGCCGCUUGAAGGCUCCGCCACGCUGCACCACUGGCAGCAGCUGGCCCAGCCGCACCUCGGUGUGAUCCUGGACGCCAGGCCGGGAGUCGUGCCGAAGGGCUACAGACCCCUCGAGCUGGAGCUGGACCAGGUGUGUCCGUGGGGCGGCCUCGAGGAGGAGGAACCAGGGGACCAGUACUUCCAGAAUCUCCCCACCGCCGCCGCCGCCGCCUCGCCAGCCGCGCCCUCCGCCCCCUCCGGCACGGGGGAGUCAGACCUCUGCCCCCCUCCGCCCAGCCUCGCUCCACCGUCUCCGCCCUCCCCGUCCCCAUCGCCACAUCUCAGCAACACCGACGUCCUGGCUGGAUACUUCCCAGGUAAAUCCAUGGCCCACACCAGCUCCACCUACACCUUCACAACGUGUCGGAUCCUCCACCCGACCGAUGAGCUGACGCGGGUCACGCCGAGUCUGAACUCAGUCCCAACGUCGUCCUCCUGCGUGAUGACCAGCAGCCUGUUGGGAACUCCGGCCGCUACACCCUGCGCGCCCCGCCGGCUCGGCCUCAGGCCCUCCGAGUCCUCAACUAACCUCAGGGACGCGACGCGCACCACCAGCACCUCCCUGGGCUUGGUGCGCCUCCUCCAGGAGAGGGGGAUCUCAGCGGCCGUGUACCACCAGAGCCAGGGCCUGGAGUACGGCCAGGGCAGCGGAGGAGUCCUGUUCAGCACCUCCGUCGCCCCCAACCGAGCGCCCCACCGCGACCCUCUGCGCCGCCCGACCCCGCUCAGCUCGCCCGCCGGGGAGGAAGCUUUGGCCGCGCCGACGUCGGCGGGCUUCGACUUCAAGAGCCCCUCCUACGACAACUUCCUGACCUCCGAACCGGCCCGCUCCAUCCUGAAGGAGGUGACGGGGAGGAUGAGGGGCCGGCAGAGGGGGAAGGAUUGCGAAAGCCAGACGGACGUCAGCGUCACCGUGCACAACCUGAACCUGCUGGACAAGGUGAAGCGGCUGGGCGUGGCCGGGGGCCCGGGGGGCAGAGCGAUGAGCCCGGGACCCAUCCUGGGGCCCCUGGGAGGGCUGCGCAGAUCCGGCUCCCCUUUCGGGCCCGACGGAAUGAGGAGGAACCGGAGUUAUCCGGCCGCGGUCGGGGCCAGCAUGGCCAUGAAAGGCCCGGGGCCCCCGGAGUAGUCGGCCAUGAAAGGGCCCGAGACACCGAGCCGCACUUUUCACACCGCUGACCCGUCGCUGCUGUGCUUCCUUCACGCCCUCUGAAAGACGCGCUAAGCGCCGGUGAGAACAAUGGAAAUGAGCCUGCUAUGGCGGUUGCUACGGCAACCGCGCACUUACAAAAAUGUCCGGCUACAUCGAUUUCAAUGGGGAACCUACUUCUAUUUUAUUUCUAUGGCUAAAAGGCUAACUGCAGCUAGCGGGCUAAACCGUAGGGUUCAGGGUAUCAAAGGAUUAUCGCAAGCUGUGUGUUGAAAGGCACCUGCAGACAUUUCACUGCACGGCUGGCUGACUUAUUGCAUAUUUUAAAGCUUCAGGUUAAUUAAAAAAACGUAAUUCAGCCUAAAAAUGAAGCAUUUAAAACAUAUACUCACACGUAGCGUUAAGCAAGUCUUCAUUCGUGCUGAUGAUUGCUCACUUCUGUCUGGUUCAACACAAUUGAAUUCAUGUAAUUGGGCAAACUGACCCUUAAAUAAUAGAUAUGUGUGUAUAAUAUAUAUAUAUAUUUGUGGGUGGGUGUGUAAUUUUGACAUGGCUGCUUUGGAGACUGACUCUGCUGGUUGGAUGUAGUUCUCCCACUAAACCCCACUCGCAUCCUGACCGCUGCACUCUGCCAACACACUAUUUGGCGACUGUCUCUGUAGCACGAAACCUUCUGCUUCUCCGUCGCUGGAUCAAAAUCCACCAUUUUAUAAAUGAAUCGAAACGUCACCAAACGCAUAAACAUACUUGCCCCCCGGAUCCCUCUCGAACUAGUUAAGCGUGAGUCCGACAUGUCGCUUUCAACAAAUCAUGACAUGGGUUUUUAAGUGUUAGUUUCCUAAUUGGCCAUUAGACAGCAUGUUGAGGCGCCCACUGAGCGGAUCGAUGCACCGAGGCCACGCAGAGCGAUGGCGGGGGGGGGGGGGGGGAAUGGCCCAUCAGCCAUUGUGGUCGGAAGCUUUCGGAUAAAUGAAGCAAUUCAGUGCCUCGACCAUCUGUUUUUGAUUUGUUUUGUUCUUGUGUUGGACAAAGGCUGGCUAACCGUAUUUAUUUAUUUAAAUCAAUCCUGUGAAUUUAACCUGUCGUGUGCUCGCCGUCCGUACCGCUCACCGCCACACAAUCGUCAGUAGAGGCCCACUGAGGCAAUCGUUCCAGCACCACGUCGUGGGCGAACAUGUAAGGGGGGUAUUUCUUUUGCAAAUAAACAUUCUGUGAUCAAACAGUGA